UUCAAGCGUAUUUUGACCGCGCGCAUCCAUUUUCCAAUUUCACAAUGCUUGCUGGUUUUUGAUGGAAACCAAAAAAUGACGAGCAAACAUUUUGUUUCAUUUCUUCAUCAUUUUCAGUUCAGGAUCCCGGUUUGGAAGCCACGAUUCAUUUGAUAGACAACAUUGUUUGAAAUGUUGAUUGACAUAUAAAGAGAGAGAGAGAAAUCAGAAAAGUGAAUUUGUGGUGUGUGGAAAUGUAAUGAUGUACUUGGUUUGUGGCCAGAAUAAAGUAAUGACGAUGAUAAUUACAAUGACCAUAUCAUUAUUGCUAAUGAUCAAUAUUUUUGAACGUAAUCGUUUCAUAUUUGUGGAUUGUCGAUAUGAUUAUAAUCGAAUCAAAAUCGAUAGAAAACAAGUGCUUCUUUACAAACAAAUCGAACUUGCAUGUUCAUUACGAGCGCAAGAUUCACCCGAUCCUCUUAUGGCUAUCAACAAGGCAGCACCUUUUCAACAUAAUCAUCAUAACCAUCACCAUCCUCAUCAUCAAUCGAAAUCGAUGACCGAUGUUGUUAUGCUGAUAUUCUGGUUCAAAGGACUGAAUGCUAAAGCGCCAUUCUUAAUAAUUGACACUCGUCAUCAUUACGGCAGUCAACGGCAGAUGGUGCCAUCUUCUCCAUCCACUGUGAUGACCACCAAUGAACGGACUGCCAUCUCUGGUGUUGCUUUGAAACCAUCAUCGAAAUUGGAUUAUGUCAUGGAUACUUUGUCGAAUGGAUCUUCGCCAAGCGAAGCUGUAUACCGUAGUAAUGGCGUAACUGAUUCGUUUUUGGAACGGGCCAGCUAUCGAAUCGAUUAUCAACAGCAAGUGGCCUUUCUGCUCAUCGAACGCGUUCAAGCCGAGGACGAAGGUAUCUACCGAUGUAGAGUGGACUAUCGUCAUUCUCGCACUACAAAUCGGUUCAUUCAUCUGGAACUGAUCAUUCCUCCAACCAAAGUGUUCAUUCGUGACCAUAACGAUACUUUUAUCACCGACGGUGGCCUUGCCGGACCUUAUCUCGAAGGACAAUACAUUGAGCUAAUCUGUGAAACUAAACAAGCGAAACCCUUACCACAAGUGCUUUGGUACGAAGGCUCUACAUUGAUUGAUGAUUCUUACGAGCUUGUCUUUGAUUCCCAUUCCAAACGCAAUGCUGCUGCAUCGUUUGAAGCCAAUUCAACCAACACCUUUAACUAUCUGUACAAAGCAUUAGUGCGAGCAAGAAAUCGAUUAAAAUUGAUCCAACCAUUGAUGCGCAAUGAUCUUUUACGCCAGUUUCGUUGUGUAGCCACCAACAACGAUAUGAUCGAGCCGGUAUCAAGUGUGGUUAACAUCGAUCUUAUACUGCCACCAAUCAAUGUGGAAAUCGUAUUAAGUUCAAAAGAAGCUUUUCAUAAAGGACAAAAUGCACAAAUUCUUUGUCGAUCACACGGAUCACGACCAGUUGCCCAACUACAUUGGUAUCGGCAUGGACAACGUGUUCUUUCUCGUAUCGAAGAUUAUUACGAUGUCGAUCAGAAUUUUUCCCGUAGUAUAAUGCGGUUCGUGCCCGACGAAAAUGACGAUGGUAGUGAAAUUGUCUGCCAGGCUAUCAAUAUAAGAUUGGAUCAAGGUCAAGCUAUCCAAGAUGAACAACGUAUCAUUGUACAUUAUAUGCCAAUCAUACAACUCUCGUUGAUUCAAUCGCAAAAUAUGCUGACAGAAAAUUCUUCCGUUCGUUUUCGGUGUGCUAUUCGUGCUAAUCCAUUUCCAAACAAACCGGCUAUAUGGUUUUAUAAUGCAACCCCUAUUCAACAAUCUGAUGAUCGAUUCACCGUUUUGGAUGAUAAUCAACUGGCAAUAGAUUGUCUUCGACCUCAACACCAUGAUGGUAAUUAUUAUUGUUUGGCAGAAAAUUCCUUAGGACGCAAUCGAAGUAAUGAUUUAUCAAUACAAGUUUCAUAUGCUCCUAGAUGUCGCCGUACAGAAACGUAUGCUGUUGCAAUAAAUGAAACGAUCACUAUUGUUUGUGAAGUGGAUGCCCGACCAUCGUUGGUAUAUUUCAAUUGGUACCAUAAUGGCACAGCAAUGUCUGUCAAUCAUCAUAAAUAUACCACUCGAGGUAGCCAAAGUGUUUUGAUGUUUAUGCCGCGCGAUCGUUAUGAUUAUGGCCAAUUGUCCUGCGUAGCUCAGAAUUCGAUCGGUAAAACAAAAGAACCGUGUGUCUAUACGGUUAUACCGUUUGGUCCACCGGAACCCAUUCACAAAUGUAUAGUGGAUAUGUUGGAUGAAAGAUAUUCCAUUGAUGAAUAUGAUGAACAAUCAUCACCAAAGAUUAAGUGCCAAUAUCAUUUCAAUGGCGGUAUCGAUACUUAUUGUCGGCUGGAAAUUUAUCGACCAGUCGAUCAUAUGCUUAUCUGGAAUAUGACCGACAAUAUUGAACAAUCGAAUGGUAUCGAUUCAUGUAUAUUCGAUUAUCCAAUAACAUGGCUUAUGGCCAAUAUCUCCCAUCUCAAUCAAUAUCGAAUCAAACUCAAUGUUUUAACAUUCAAUCAACAAGGAUCCAGUAAGCCUUAUAUAUUCUAUACACAUCUGCCCAAAAUUGCACAAACAUAUGCCACAUCAACCAAAUCAUCAUCAUCCAAUUCAUUAAUACCUCUUAUAUUGAACCAUAUUAGUGAUUUGAAUGAUACGUCAUCAAUGAAUGAUGCCAAUUCUAGUUUCAAUAACGAUAAUGCUAGUAUUUCCUGGAAUUUGCCCUCAAUCAUAGCAAAAUUGUUCAAACUCUUAGUCACUAAUGGUAAUUGGAUAUUUGCCUUAAUAUUUUUAUUAUUAUCCGUAUUGAUGGGGUUUCUCGUUCGCACUAUCGUAAGAAUCCAACAACUUAAACACAAUAAUCAUAUUAAUGAACAUAUCAUUAUGAAGCGAUUUUCAAUAACCAAUCACCAUAAUAAUGUCGAUAAUAAUGAUACACUUCAAUCCGAAAUGAUGAUAACACCUUUCAAGCAAUAUUCCUUGCCAAAUGUACCAUUGGAUGAUCACCAUGAUCCAUUUGAUUAUUUGUAUGACCAACAAACCAAUGACAUAAUGAUAGCGAACAAUAAGCCCCAACAUGUUCUAUGUACAACAACAACAUCCAAUAAUGACCAAUUUGUCGAUUACAUUGAUGACAAUUUCAAUCAAUGUCUAUAUGGUGAUGUUCAAAGAAAAUUUAUCAAAUUCAAUCCACAACAUGCCACCAGCAGUAGCAGCAAUAAUCAUCAUCAUUGUUGUUCAUCAUCGUCGGUCAUCACAUUGGUUUGA